UAGAAGCCGGCAAGGCAGCUGCCAUUUCCAUCUGAAGCCAAACUAGGGGGGGUAGCCUCGGGGCUCCGUGGCAGCGGUGUGUGGGCCUGCUCACUGAAAGAUCUCACCGUAGCCAUGAGCGGAAAAAGCUGCUUCAAGUGUGGACGCUCUGGUCACUGGGCCCGGGAUUGUCCUAAGGGAGUCACUCGGGGGCGAACACCAAGAAGUCGUACCAGAGCUCCCCAGUGCAGCUCCGCCACCCAGUCCGACAUCUGUUAUCGCUGUGGUGAAAGCGGUCAUUACGCCAAGGACUGCGAUCUUCUCCAGGACACCUGCUACAACUGCGGGAGAAGAGGCCACAUCGCUAAAGACUGUACCCAGGCUAAACGAGAGAGGGAGCUGUGCUGUUACAUCUGCAGCCGUCCUGGUCAUCUGGCUCGCGACUGCGACCGUCAGGAAGAACAGAAGUGCUACACUUGCGGCGAAUUUGGCCACAUCCAGAAAGACUGCAUCCAGAUCAAGUGCUACAGAUGUGGCGAGAACGGCCAUAUGGCAGGGAACUGUAGCAAGGCAAGUGAAGUUAGCUGCUACCGCUGUGGUGAGUCUGGACAUCUAGCCCGGGAAUGCCCCAUUGAGGCUACUGCUUAGAACCCUCCCUUAAUCCCCUCUCCUCUACUACUUAGUUAUGCCGUUUCUAAAAUGUCCUUGCUAACCCAAAGGGUGAUAGAUGGAAGCUACUAGUAAACCACCAUAAUUACCAUCUUAAAACAAGAAAAGACUUCGGGGGAAACCCAUCAGCAAAGUUAUACAUCAGCUUGCGGUUUGGUUGUCGUGAGGAAAUUCAGGUAGGACACGGUUAUUUUGAACGGAAGACAACUGGUGGACUCUUUGACACACUUCAGUAGAAACUGCUAGUGAAAAAAAUCAGAACAAGUUUGGAACAUCGCCAUGAACUUACUAACAAAUAAUACGUACGGGUGUGUCAGACGAAGGUAAACUGCCCUGAAGCAAAAGAACACCAACUGAAAGGAUAAGAAGGAAAACUGUACUUACUGGGGAUUGAGGGGGCAAGAACAUCUUGAGGAAGUAACAUUUCCUCAGAGACCUCUAGAACAAAUA